AUGAACAAUCCGGUUACGUCUAUAAAACUGGUUCUGCUGGGUGAGGUCGCUGUCGGGAAGUCCUCGAUAGUGCUGCGGUUUGUCUCCAAUGACUUCGCGGAGAACAAAGAACCCACCAUCGGUGCUGCGUUUCUGACCCAGCGGGUUAACAUAAAUGAGCAUACGAUAAAGUUUGAGAUAUGGGACACGGCAGGUCAGGAGCGGUUUGCGUCGUUGGCCCCUAUGUACUACAGAAACGCGCAGGCUGCGUUGGUCGUGUACGAUGUGACAAAACCACAAUCGUUUAUCAAGGCUCGACACUGGGUCAAAGAGUUGCACGAACAGGCGUCUAAGGAUAUUAUUAUCGCGCUGGUGGGAAAUAAAAUAGACAUGCUGGAUGAGGACCCCACUGAGAGGAAAGUGGCUCGUGAGGAGGGGGAGAAACUGGCACAGGAGGAGAACUUGCUCUUCUUUGAAACGAGUGCAAAGACGGGUGCCAACGUUAACGAAGUGUUCCUGAAGAUCGGAGAAAAUGUGCCCUUGAAGCAGGCUGCUGACGGGUCUAAUAACGGUAGCGGGUUAAAUGUCCGGAGAGACAACGGGUGGAUCUGGCAAACACGGCUAAUUCAACCUCGCAAGCCUCUAACUGUAGCUGCUGAGUCGCUGGUGGUGCUAAUAACGAAAGUACAUAUUUCUUUUCCCGAACGCUUUCGAACUGAGUACGGGGGAGUCGCUGCCUGGGCGGUAAAUCUAUGUAAAACCGUUAGUUGGAACCAACCGUAA